GGAAAUACGACGGGAGAAAGGAAAAUGGCGCUCAUCCCAUCUCAGAUCUUAAGAGUAGCGAUACUCCUGUCUUAUUUUUCCAUCCUCUGCAAUUACAAAGCCAUAGACAUGCCCGCGCAUCAAACAUACGGCGGUAGCUGGAAGUUUCUAACGUUCAUAGAUUUGGUCAUUCAGGCUGUGUUCUUCGGAGUGUGUGUCUUGACCGAUCUAUCAAGCCUUUUGACGAAAGGCAGUGCCAAUAUGGAGCAAGAGAGACAACUAAGAAAGCUAAUUGGCCUACGGGACUGGAUAAUGGCUGUUCUGGCCUUCCCUGUUGGUGUGUUUGUGGUGACAAUGUUCUGGUCUCUGUACCUGUAUGACAGAGAUCUGGUUUACCCAAGACUUCUGGACAACUUUAUACCUCAGUGGCUAAAUCAUGGCAUGCACACGACGGUUCUUCCUUUCAUCAUAAUUGAGAUGAGAACAACACGGCAUCGAUAUCCCAGCAGGUCUUUUGGACUCUUGGCGGUGUGCACGUUUGCCGUGGGAUAUGUUGUAUGGAUGUGCUGGGUACACAGUAUGACAGGGGUGUGGGUAUAUCCUCUGCUGGAGCACAUUGGGCCAACGGCCAGAGUUUUCUUCUUCAUCUGCCUCACUGUACUGAUCAAUGUCUAUUAUAUCCUGGGAGAGAUUCUGAACAACUACAUCUGGGAUUCCUCAAAGAGCUCCCUGGAAUCAGACAAAGCCAAAACUGAAUGAACUUGUUGUAAAAGUUACCCAGACACUUUUUUGUAUCAUUUUGACCCAGGGGUUCAAACCAAUAAUCAAGAGUUGUGUUAUCAACCGUAGACCCCGAAUACAUAUUUAAUUUUCUCUUGGUCCCUUGAGCCUUUUAUCUCAUUUUCAUUACAGCCAUUGGACUAAAAAAGCACAGACCUGUAUUGGCUUGAAUAUUUGCUGAAGCAAAUAUUUCAUGUAUUUAAUUUAUGGUAUGAAUGUUACAAUAUUUCAGAAUACCUCAAGUUUUGUGCGAGCACUGAAUGAUAUUUACUGUACACAUGCUGUACUCCAAGGCCAGUAUCACAAGCAACUUGUGUCAGGUAUUGUUGAUUCAUCCCUGUAAAACAAAUAAGCAACAGCUUUAUAUUUACCACUAUAGCAUAUGCCAGCUGACGAUGAGCACAAGAUCAUUUGCUUAAAUGGGCUGUUGAUAAAGCUGUUGGAAGCAGGUCACGUGAUCUUUCUGAAGACAGGUUGUUGAGCAGAUACUGGUGCAUGAGAAACUGACAAUGAAAUAAUUGAUAGGCCUUUUGUGGUUAUCUUAAAGGGAUGUAUUUUUUCAUAUCAUGUGGAUAUGACUGUAACCUUGUUUAUUUAAGUUUAUUCACUUGUUU